GAAAUAGAUGUUUUCAAAAAACGAGUUUAAUUUACUAGUUCAUUGUAAAAAUUAUAAUUGUUUCUAAUUCGUAUUGAUCAGUGAUCUUGAAUAUUAUUAUAUUAUAUAGUUAGUAUUUGAAUUGUGUCAUACAUCAUGGUAGAAGUUUGAAAGAAAUUUCAUCCAAUCUUCAUUGACUUUAUUGUGGCAAUGUCGAUCGUUAAUCAUGUUUAUAAGAAAAGUAUUGACUAAAGCCAAAUUUGAAGAAGGCGAAAAAGUACUGUGCUACGAGCCAGACCCUGCAAAAACUAAAGUCCUUUAUGAUUCGAAAGUUUUAAGAGUGGUACCUGAAAAAGAUGAUCAAGGUCGAAAAUUCUUCAAAUUUCUCAUUCAUUUUCAAGGAUGGAAUUCCACAUGGGAUCGAUAUGUAACUGAUGAGUUCAUAUUGAAAGAUACAGAAGAAAAUCGCAAGCUUCAGAAAAAACUGGCCGAUGAAGCUCAACUUACGCCUGGUGGGAAUUUGUAUAGAAAAGAACGGAAGAAAAGAGUAGUUAAAACAGAACCCAAACCAUUAGUAAUAGAGCCAGAUAUAGUUCCUCUUCCUAUAAAUGAUAAGUCUAUGGUGGAAGACGAAAAUUUACCAGUACCAAUUGAUACAAUAUUAUUACCUAAAAGAAGGCUACCAGAUCUUGAAUUUCCUGAUAAUUUAAAAUACCAUACUGGAUAUAAUUGUUAUUUAACACACGAAAAGAAUACAUUGGUUCAGUUACCUUGUCAACCAAAUGUGGUUACAUUGCUUGAAAGUUACCUUAAAUAUUUAGCAAAAAAUAACUUCAUCGACAAUAAAGCAACGAAAAAAAAACGUCAACCUGAAGUACUUGAUAAAAAACAACUUGAAAAACGUUACAUCAUUUGCGUAGAAGUUUUAGAUGGUCUGAGAAUUUGUUUUAACACUUUUUUGUUCAGAAAGUUGUUAGUAAAUGAAGAUGAACAAGCCCAAUAUUAUGAAGCAUUAAAAAUGACUCUUCAACCACCUGUAAACAAUAUUGUUUCACAAAAUGUUGAACAAGACUACGAUAACGUACAAAAUGGGGAAGAAAUGGAUAGCCACGAAAACAAAAAUAAUGUUAAAGUAACACGAAGUUCAACCAGUCAAUAUGCUAGUUCUCAAAAAACUUGUUCAGAUUGCAGUUUAACAAAAUCUCAGUGUUCAAAAAUUGUAAAUGAUAUGUUUGAAAAAGCCCGUGAUGAGUAUGUAUCCAAAGCUGACUCAUGGAAAGCAGUCCCUGACAGUGCAUAUGAUGAAGAAAUAAAACAGCCUGCUAUUAUAUAUGGUGUAUACCAUCUUUUAAGGCUUUUGGAAAAUUUACCAAAAAUAUUGGCUAAAACUGAUGUGGAAGGUGAAAAACUUUCAAUUGUAUAUUCAUACAGUAAUGGACUACUAGAAUACCUCUCAACUCAAACUCAUUUGUUUGGGAUGCAGUAUUAUGUGAAAAACGAGAUGGAUGUUACCGUCAAAUCAAGUGCUCCAAUUCGAAAUCACCGAAAUCAUAAAAAUAUUUAAGUUGUUUUAAGGCACCUUUUAUAUAUCUAUACAUUUCAUAUAUAAAUUAUUGUACAGAGUGGAUGCAUUAAAUAACUGUCAAUUAUUCAUGAAAAUAAUAAGUUAAUAUAUUUUAACUUAUCUCUUUA